AUGGUGAGAGGUCCUUUCGUUGACGCUAACGGAGUUAAGAAAGGCGCAUGGAGUGAAGAAGAAGACCAGAAGCUCAUAUCUUAUAUUCAGACCCAUGGCCAUCCAAACUGGCGCCAACUCCCCAAGUUAGCAGGCUUGGCAAGAUGCGGAAAGAGCUGCAGGCUUCGAUGGAUGAACUACCUGCGACCAAAUCUGAAACGUGGGAACUAUACUCCACAAGAGGAGGAGAUCAUCCUCAAACUACACGAACAACAUGGAAACAAGUGGUCCCUGAUUGCUGAGAAGUUACCUGGGAGAACAGACAACCAUAUAAAGAAUCAUUGGCACAGCCAGCUGAAGAGGCGGUCGAGGGACAGAGGAAAGAGUGAUUCUGAGGUGAAAGGCAACAAGUCAGGUCGAAGUAACAAUAAUAAUAUGACUAAGCAUUCAGAAUCUGAUAUUGUGAAGGCUGUGAGUGAGUUGAAUAAUAUAUUUGAAAGCUCAUCACUGGACUGUACGGAAACGACGUCGUCGACGCAGGCGGGUCAAGACAACUCUGCUUCCUUCUUGCCUUCCACUGAUACAGAAUCUAGCACUAAGAAUUCCCCAGAAGAAUAUAAUAGCGGGGCUUGCCAGGAAGUUAGUAAAUUCCCAGAAUUUAGCGGCGAUUUCUGGACUGAACCGUUUAUAUCAGAAGAUAUAUACAGUGAAUAUUGCUAUCCAAAUAUUGAAGGCGCCGGAGACAUGUUUUCAUCUGAUGGCGCGCUCUUGUUUUUCUAA